GAUGUUGUCUGUUUAUGAUCUACAUGCUCCUGUCAUAACCAAAUAACCUCUCAAUUUACUCAAAAAAAUCUCACGAACAAAAAUGACGAGACACGCGAGAAAUUGUACAGCAGGUGCAGUGUACACGUACCACGAGAAAAAAAAGGAUGCAGCAGCAUCUGGCUAUGGUACAAAUGCCCACAGAAUUGGAAAGGACUCAGUGAAGGGAUUCGAUUGCUGUUGUCUGACUUUACAACCCUGUAGAAAUCCCGUUAUAACUGCCGAUGGUUACCUGUUCGACAAAGAAGCUAUCCUAGAAUACAUAUUAACGAAGAAAAAAGAGUAUACACGAAAAUUGAAACAAUAUGAAUUGCAAAAAAAUAAAGAAGAGGUGAGACUUAGAAUUAUUAAUUACAAAUCAAUGAUCAGUAUCCCAACACUAGCGAAUGAAUGCGAACCUAAUUAUUUUAUCCAGGAAGAAUCUAACGAGAAAACAGCUACUGAAGAGCUCCAGAAACUUCAGAGCUUCUUCAAAUUCGAGAAGAACAUUGUUCCAUCCAAGGACGAUGCAAAACCCAGUCCAUCAAUAUCGAAUAUGGCUGAGGGACGAGAGAAGACCCUACCAAGUUUCUGGAUUCCAUCUAAAACUCCAGAAGCAAAAGCUGCACCUCUCAAAAAACCUGAAAAGACAAUCUAUUGUCCUGUUAGUGAUAAACCCCUAAAACUCAAGGAUUUAAUAAAUGUCAAGUUCACGGAGGUGAAAGAUCCCGAUGACAAAAAAUCACUCAUUGUCAAGGAGGCCAGGUACAUGUGUCCCAUCACACACGAUGUUCUCAGUAACAGUGUACCAUGUGCUGUUAUAAAAACUACGGGAGAUGUGAUCACCAUGGAGUGCUUCGAGAAACUUAUAAAAAAGGAUUGGGUCAAUCCCUUGGACGGAAAAGUCCUUAAAGAGAGUGAUAUUAUUCCUCUUCAAAGGGGAGGAACUGGUUACUCAGCUGUCAAUGACAACCUCGAGGGAAAACACGAGAGACCCGUGUUACAAGUAUAAAUUUAAUACUUAAAAUUCCAUGAAUGUAUUAUAGUGAAUUUGAAAUAAAGAGUAAAAGAACCAA